AUGGACGGUGCGUAUGUUCAGUUCGAAUAUGCUAUAAAAACUGCUGUAUUUAUAGCAAAUCGAAAAAAUAGAAAUCUUCAUCAAUUACCACAGAUAACCUUUCGUUUGAAUAUGGAUGGAACACUUAUUGGCAACAAGCAUAUUGUUGCUAUAUCAGUCAACUGUGUUGAGGGUGGUCCUGAUUGCCAAUCACCAAAAAAUUUAGUUCCAGUCGGACUGUUUGAGUUUCCCAAAGAGUCAUAUGAACUAUAUCGAAAAAUUCUUCCUAAAUCGUUUCUCGAUAGUUUGGGAAGCGUUAAAUAUGUCCGUUUGAAUCAGAAAGACAUCCCUGUCAAAAUUAAACUCGGAGGAGAUUUUAUGAAUGCCGUUUAUGUCUUUGGAUUAGCGGGCGUUCAAUCUAAUUUCCCUUGUAUAUUUUGUACUCAACAUAAAAAUAAGUUACAACAACCUAACACAACUUCUUAUUUUGAUGUUCAAAAGGAAGCGCGAACCUUAGAGGAACAAAAACUGUGUUUGAAUAAGAAAGGAGAAAAAAACUGUAAAGGAUAUAAAUGUGAGCCGUUAUUUGGAGAUCUGUUUGAGUUUAGCGACUAUAUAAUGGAUACCUUGCAUAUGAAGUUGAGAGUGUAUGAUGUUUUUAUGACUGAUAUACUGCAUUAUGCAUCUAAACGUGAAAAAUAUGGAAAAGAACAUGAUCUACAGAUGGAGGAAAAAGUAGCGACCUUAAACGAACAUGCAAAGAUACUCAUUGGAAAAAGAGUUUUCUUUGCAUAUGACACAAAAGAACAACUAAUAAAGCUUCAUGGAAGAUUUUCCGGACACUUACAGGAGUUAUUUUUUCAAAAAUUUCCCUAUGACAAACUAUUAGACGGAAAAGCUGAAGUUGAUGCUAAUAAGUUAGUGGAGGAUUUUCGCGAAAUACUUGAUCUUCUAAAAGUGGAUCCAUUAAAACGCAAGAAAAAUCUAAAAACAGUUUGCAUUGAGUUUCUUCAAACGUUCAAUGCUGCUUGUUUGCGAAGUAACGUAACCCCGUAUCUUCAUAUAGUAGGAAAUCAUUUGUUUGAAUUUGAUGAGCGAGAGAAUUUAGGAGCUUUCAAUAUGCAAGAGGUUGAGAAAGGGAAUGAUCUUUUGUCCCGCCUAUACUUUUCAUCAACAAACGUAGCAAAAAAGCCCUUGUAUACUAUGAUGCAAAAAUUAUAUCGCAUUCUAGAAAUGCAGUUCAGUCCUGAUGAGCGCAGUGAUAUGCAGAUUUUUAUGAACACACAUGUUUAUGAUAUAGAAGAUGACAACUUUGUAGUACUUCCAGAUAUGAAUAGACAGAACGACGAACAGGAAACAGAUUACGAAAUUAUUACUUCUGGAAGUAAUAAUUCAAGCUCUGACGGUGAAGAAGAAGACGAAACUCAGAGUGAUCAAGAUUUAUGGUUUAAUUUAAGCAACAGGAAGAUUUUGACUGCUAGUCGCUUCUCUUCCUUUAAAAGGAGCAAAAGAUUAUAA